ACACCAGAUAAUCCUACAGCUUUAGAUUUAAGUGUUGCAGAAUCUGCUCUUGUUUUGGGAGAAGACUAUCAGCAGAUGGUUCAGCAAAUUAUGGAAAUGGGUUAUGAAAGAGAACAAGUAGAAAGAGCUUUAAGAGCAAGUUAUAAUAAUCCUGAUAGAGCUGUAGAGUACUUGAUUUCUGGAAUUCCUACAACUUACCAUGAACCACAAGGAGAAGAACAAGCCACACCUACUCAGACUCCAGCUAGUAAUCCUAGUACAAAUCCAAGUCAGUCAGAAGGUGAUCCAUUAGCAUUUCUCCGUACUCAACCACAGUUUCAACAAAUGAGGCAAGUUAUUCAAGCAAAUCCACAACUGCUAAAUGCAGUUUUACAACAAAUUGGUCAAAACAAUCCACAAUUGUUGCAAUUAAUUUCACAAAAUCAAGAAGCAUUUGUGAGGAUGUUGAAUGAACCAUCAUUAAGUAGUACUGGCAGUGGUGCUUCUGAGCAGACAACUGGUGGAUCUGGUGGUGGUGGAAGUGGUCCUGGAAGUGGGGCUUUAGGACAGAGUGCUGGAUUACCUUUCGAAGCAUCCAUGGGUCAAGUGACACCUCAAGAUAAAGAAGCUAUUGAACGGUUGAAACAACUAGGUUUUCCAGAGUACCUCGUCAUACAGGCAUACUUUGCUUGUGAUAAAAAUGAAAACCUUGCUGCGAACUUCCUUUUGUCGCAGAAUUUUGAUGAUUGACCUUAAGUGUUUCUUCAUGUGUGCAACGUAUAUAAAAAAAAAAUGAAAUGAGAGAAUAAAAAUAGAUUGUUUUUUUAAUUGUUGCUCAUUACAGGAAGAAUAUAUUUAGGCUUAAAUGUUCUUGCUGUGAUCUGUCCACUGGUGAUUAUUGAAACACCAGUCUAUGUAAUAUGCCUUAAUUUUUGAAAGGCUACAAAGACUUGUUACAUGAACACCAGGCCAUUUGCUAACCACAGCUAGUAAGAGAACAGUGAGCUCAAAAUUAUAAAAUAAAUGCAAAUUUUUUCCUCUAAGCUGAAGUAGAAUUUAAAAAAAAUUCUGUAGAAAAUGAGAUACUCUGGGGCUUUGUUAAAUAUAAACAUAUUUCAAAAUUAUUCUUGAUCUUUUUAUAUUAAAAUUGAAGAUUUAUUCCCAUGUUUAAAAUAUAACUGUAGUUAUAUGCUUGCACCAUUAAUAACUUGUGUUGGGGUGGCUAAAUAAGAGUUUUCACUGUUGUCAUUUCUGCAGUGGAAAGUUAAAUUUAUGGUUUUUGUUGUCAAGCCUGCAAUAAAAAAUACAUCAAUGUAUCUGCUUUGUUAAUAUGUCAUUUCUCUUCUUAAUGAUACUUUAUUUCAAAAAUAUAUAUUGUAUUUUCCUUAGAAAAAUAGCAAAUUCUUUAAUUAUUUUUUAAGCAAAGCAAUUAUACUGCUAUUCAUCAAACUUCCUAUAUUUUUUUUCUACAUUUUUUUAAUCUGACAUUUUUACUUUGAUAUAUUUUCUGUAGUAUGAAUUCAUAAAUAUAAAUAAUCAUUAAAUUAUUUCCUAAACAUUAAGAUGAAUUUUUGAACUUCAUUCUGACAAACAAAAAUUUCAUUUUUAUAAUGUAAAAUAUUCAUUAUACAGACAAUAUGAAAGGCAUUAGUUUACUGACCGUCUUUUAUUAAUUUGUAAUGAAUGCCAUAUUUUGUUGAUUAGAAAAUUGAUGGGUAUAUAAAUAAAAA